AUGAGCAUCAUCACCACGCCCGCCAUCGCCGCUACAGUCGCGCCGCUCGUCCAUGGCAUCGACCCAGCCUGGACGUCUUCCAAGUCGAAGUGGCUGUCCAGGACUGAGCCGAGGGAUCCCGCACCAUAUGCGGUAGUGGAUAUUCCCAGGAAGGGCAAGGGCGUUGUGGCAACCGCAGACAUCGCCAAAGGUGAACUGCUCUUCCGCGAACGGCCGGUGCUGGUCGAGACGAUGGCUCGGCCAAAGUACAUGGGCCCAAAUCACCAGAGCAAGCUGCUCGAACGAGCGUGGGCAAGGCUUCCUCCGUCGGAGCGCGAUGCAGUCUUGGGGCUGUCGCACCACUCCGGAGCGCAUGUGCUGCGAGGGAUCAUGGACUCGAACACAUUUGGCAUGACCCUGAGUGGGGUUCCUCACUCUGGGCUGUUUCCCAGGAUUUCAAGGAUCAACCACUCCUGCCGUCCUAAGGACAUCUCGGCUGGCACGGAGCUUGGCGUUAGUUACACACCACUCAACAUGCUCUCCCGCGACCGUCGCCAAGUCCUGCUCGGAUGGGGCUUCAACUGCACCUGUCAGCUGUGCAGCGCACCCUCCCACAUCCUCGAGACCUCGGACGCCAACAGGCAGGAGGUACAGCUCAAGCUGGACGAGCUAGAUGAAGCCCGGCAGGCCACACCCGGUGGCGGCAGAGAUACUGUGGAGCGCAUCAUGCAGGAGACUCUUGCACUUAUGGAUCACGAAGGCAUGGAGGCGCAGCGGGGCGACAUUUAUGCAAUUGCAGCUCAGGUACUGCUGGACAUGGGAGAUCGAGAUGGCGCGAUAUAUUAUGGUCACAUGGCGGUCGAGGCGCUUGGGGAAUAUGCCGGGAUGGAUAGUGAGAGGACGGAAGAGGCUGUUGUGUUUCUGGAUGGGCUGGAUGAACAUUGA